AUGUCUUCCAGAUUUGUAUAUGAAGGAGAUAUCAAGCCUGUGGAAAAUGGAAAAGUUGAAAGGACUUUAAAUACGGAUAAGCAGGACAAAGUAGCUAGCGAAGGGGUUACAGAACAAGACGAACCGGAUUUCCAAGAAAGAAAGACACUUUAUGAACAGUUGCAAAUUUCGAGACACAACAGAUAUCAACAAAAGAAAAAGGAACUGGAAGACCAAAAUUCAGCUUACAAACUUAAACAUGAUGACUUGGCGUAUUACAAUGAGUUAGAAGAGAAGAGAAAGCAGACAAUAAUUAAGGAAAAAAAGCAAGAAAAGGCAGAUCUAAGGAAGUUUAGAGAAGCACAGAAACAAAAUGUAGCAAAAGGCAUUUCCAAGCCAUCAAUCAAAAAGCGCAAAACAGGUGUAAUUGAGCCAAUAUUGAAGUCAGCGCUUAAUGAAAUCAAGAGGCCAAAUAAAGGAGAAAGCCAAGGCACCGGCUUGGAUUUAGGCUAUGAGUCUUCUGACAGUCAAGACUAA